GUGAGGUGGCGGGCAAGGGCGGCAGCUCCGAGGUGUUCAAGGUGGUGGCACGCGACGGGCAGGAGUUCGCGCUGAAGCGCAUCCGCGCGGAGGGCGGCGCGAUGGAGGAGUUCAGGCAGGAGAUCUCCAUCCUGACGCGCCUGCGCGGCCACAGGGGCAUCAUCCACCUCUUCGACUCCGCUGUGUGCGAGGGCGAGCAGGCGAUCUACCUGCUGCUAGAGUUCGGCGAGAUCGACCUGGCGAAGAAGCUCGCCAAGCUGCACAGGGAGUCCGACCUUCCGCACGCCGCCCCCGCCGUGCUCGCCACCGGAUGCAAGAUCGACGAAACCGUUCUGCGACACUUCUGGCAGGCGGGCACGGUGAGCUACAUGUCACCCGAGUCCAUCAUGGGGCAAGACACGGACGCGGACGCCGAGGCCGCCACGAGGCCCACGGUGAAGAUGGGGCGUGCAGCGGAUAUCUGGUCGCUGGGGUGCAUCCUCUACCUCAUGGUGUACGGCCGCACGCCCUUCCAGCACAUCCCCGGCUGGGGCAAGCUCAAGGCCAUCUGUGACGAGUCGUGCACCAUUGACUUCCCCCCAGUGGCCAACCCCCAUCUGCUGGACACCAUGAAGCGCUGCCUUGUGCGCAACCCCGCCCACCGCCUCACCAUUCCCCAGCUCCUCGCCCACCCCUUCGUCUCCAUCUCCAACCUCCACGCCCCGCCCGCUCUGCCGGCUCUGCCCGCUCCGCCUGCUCCUGCCCUGCCUGCGCUGCCGCCUCCUGACGCCACUGCUGCUGCUGCUGCCAUAACUGCUGCAGCUGCUGCAGCGGCUGCUGCUGCUGCUGCUGCUGCCACAACUGCGGCGGAAGGUGGGGGGUCCCAGGCGAGCAGUGUGAGCGGUGGUGCAAGUGCAGGGGCAGGGGGGAAUGGCAUCAGUGAGAAGCUGCUGCAGGACAUCUUCGCACAAGUGGCCAAGGCCGCAGGCUCCAACCCAGCGGCCAUUGGGCUGGCAACACAAGAGAUCCUGAAGCAGCUGGCGUCGGGCAAGGCGGAGGGUCUUGACAUCCAGGAAAUCUUCCGUGCAGCAGGCGCAUUCGCCCCUCCUGCCGCCCCACCUGCCCCUCCACCCAAGAAGCCCCCACCACCCCCUCCACCGCCCAAGAAAGCACCUCCUCCGCCCCCACCCCCACCCGGCAAGCUUGGAGGCAAGGCAGCGCCGUUGCUAAUCAAGAAGGGUAUGAAGCCCAAGGCUGGCGGGCCUGCUGGACCUGCUCCUGGUGACCUGGCCGCUGCUGCUGCCGCUGCUGCCAGACGAAGGGCUGAGGGCGGGGCCGUGAGGAUGAGGCCCCUGGGCGAGAAGAAGGAGGAGGGCGCAGGGAACAUGCCCACUCUGAGGUCAGGGUUGAGGAGGGGUGGCGGGGGGGCCAGGGGGGCGGGGAGGGCUGAGCACAGACCAGCUGCAGGCUGCGAUUGA